GGAGCGGAGCAGACCAGAGGAGCAGGCGGGAGAGAAAAGCAGACAAAGGCCAGUGGACCCCAGGACUCAGCAGAGACGGGUUGUGCGCCGCCGUUCCUCCUCUCACACUAUCUUCCUACUCCACACCAUUAAUUCAAGUUCCUGCUGGGCCGCGCAUUUGGCGACCUGGGAGGAACCGAAUUUGGCUACAACGUCAGUUCUCACACAACCACUAGCCUGGAUUCCUCAAGCAGAAUGCCAGCUCCGGCUGCUGCCCGGGAUGGCAGUCCUGGCCCCAACCGCCUCAAGAGCUUCAAGAAUGCUGGCAAAGACAUGGAGGAGAUGAGGCGGCGGCGGCAGGAGACGAGCAUAGAACUUCGGAAAGCCAAGAAAGAUGACCAGCUGCUGAAGAGAAGAAAUGUGACCCUUGAUGAUCCAGGUUCACCUCUCCAGGAACAGAAUGCAUCUGGCCCGGCACUCAGCCUGGAGGAGAUCAUCAAUGGUAUCACGAGCAAUGACAGCAGCACCCAGCUGAUGGCCACACAGGGAGCAAGAAAAAUGCUCUCAAGAGAACGCAGCCCACCCAUUGAUGCCAUCCUUGAGGCUGGGCUGGUGCACCCCCUUGUACGCUUCUUGGAUCGGGCAGACAACCCAGCUUUACAGUUUGAAGCAGCAUGGGCCCUCACCAACAUAGCUUCUGGCACCACUCCGCAAACUCAAGCAGUAGCAACAUCAGGUGCAGUAGUAUCCUUUGUGAAGCUGCUGCGUUCACCACACACCAAUGUGGCUGAGCAAGCAGUGUGGGCGCUGGGGAACAUUGUUGGUGAUGGUCCCGAGCUCAGAGACUUUGUUAUAAAAGCUGGUAUUGUUCAGCCCCUGCUGGAACUCAUUGGACCAGAUACAGAACAUUCCUUCCUCCGUAAUGUGACGUGGACACUCAGUAACCUGUGUAGAAAUAAGAACCCAUCUCCUCCUUUCGAAGUAGUGAAGCAGUGCCUACCUGCCCUCAGCCAUCUUAUCUGCCAUAUGGACAAGGAAGUGCAGGCUGAUGCCUGCUGGGCUCUCUCCUACCUGACUGACGGGACUAAUGAGAAGAUCCAGGAAGUGGUGAAUGCAGGUGUUGUGCCACGCCUGGUGGAGCUGCUGAACUGUGAUGACCUGCCAGUGGUGACGCCAGCACUCAGGGCAAUUGGCAACAUUGUGACCGGAAAUGAUGUUCAGACGGAUGUAGUUAUAAAGGCUGGUGCACUGCCAGUGUUCCCCAAGCUGCUGAAGCACUCGCGUAACAAUAUUGUCAAAGAGGCUGCCUGGACGAUCUCCAACAUAACUGCAGGAAACGUGGAGCAAAUACAGGCUGUCAUUGAAUGUGGGCUCAUUAUACCCAUCUGUGAAGUUCUGGAUAAGGGAGACUUCAAGGCCCAGAAGGAGGCUGCCUGGGUGGUUACGAACUUCACUUCCGGUGGAUCAACAGAGCAGAUCAUUGAGCUUGUGAGCCAGGGUGUGCUGCAACCUUUCUGCAACAUGCUUGAUGCAAAGGAGGCCAAGACUGUGCUGGUGGUACUGGAUGGCCUCUCAAACAUACUUCAGACUGCUGAGAAGAUUGGUGAGGUUGAUCGGCUUGGACAGAUGAUUGAGGAAUGUGGUGGCCUAGACAAGAUUGAGGCACUUCAACAUCACGAGAAUGAGGCGGUGUACAAGAAGGCUCUGGACAUUAUUGAGAAGUACUUUGGUACUGAGGGGGUUGCUGAGGCGGUGAGCAGCACCACCAAUGGCCAGGCAUAUGAUUUCUCUGCUGUGAACAACAUGCCUGAGGGAGGGUUUUCUUUUUAGAAUUAAAGUGUGAAGGGAUGGGGGAGGGUCUACUUGGGACAAGAAGAGGAGCAUAGUGGCAUGUGUUCCACAGCAGGAGGAUAUAAUGUGAUACUACCUGGUAUAUAUAUCUCUCAAUCUCAUUUGUCUAAGGAGCCUCUGGAGCGUGUUAUUGCCUGGCAUUUAGUGGGUAAAAUGUAUACAUUUCCAGGUAACUUGCUCUGCUUGAUAGGCUGAUGAUGCUUGAGGAAUUUACGUUGAUUACUUUUUUAAGUUAGGUAAUGGCUUUUUUACCUCUUUCUAUUCAUCCAAUAAAUGUAUUUUUAUAAGCAGCCUCUAUUGCAUUGACUUUAAAUGCUGUUUUUAGUAAAUAAGGAAACUUGUACAGGGUGACUUCUUUUCAGUUGCCUUGUGCAGUUUUAUAUCCUUCUUCAACUGUCAAACAUAUUUUCCUAUAUUAAUAAAUAAAGUCAUACUUGUAAA